GAGAAACCUCGAGCCGAAAUGGUCGUGACGGAGGAAGAAGAUCUGCUUCUGCGAAAAACCUUAUCUUCCAAUGGCUUCCACUUUCGUCUCUCUACCAAAACCCUUCUUUGCUUUUCCAGUCAAAACCAUUACUCCUCCUUCAGCUAACAACAAGCUUCUUCUCGGAAGUCGAAGAGGUUGUCUUCGUAUCAACGCGAUUUCCACUAAAUGGGAACCGACAAAGGUUGUUCCUCAGGCAGACAGGGUUCUUGUUCGUCUUGAAGAGCUUGCUCAGACAACCUCAGGUGGAGUAUUGUUGCCUAAAGCAGCUGUGAAGUUUGAGAGGUACCUAACCGGAGAGGUUGUCUCUGUUGGUUCUGAGGUUGGGCAACAAGUUGGUCCAGGAAAGAAGGUUCUGUUCUCUGACGUGAGCGCGUAUGAGGUCGAUUUGGGGACCGGUGCUAGGCAUUGCUUUUGUAAAGAGAGCGACUUGUUGGCCCUCGUCGAGUGAGGAAUUGAGCGAGAUCGGCUUGUUUAAUCGAAUGAUUCUUGAGGAUUUUAGAUAUUUCCUGUAAUUUUCAGACAGCAUUUCUUGUUUUCUGUCAAAUCUUUCGGUUGAAUAAUAUCAAUUGAGAUCAUUUUCAAACA